UGAACUUAUAUGAUAGUCCGAACUGGAUAAAAAUCUUCUAGGUUUUUCACCUUUUUGACCCUUGUGAAUUGUUGUGUGCUUUCUGUGAUUACAACUGACGCAUCAUGCUCAAUGGAAUCAGACAAUUUGAAAUACAGGAAAGAAAUACAUGAAACGAAUGUGGAGGAGCUUGCAUUUGCUGCAACUGCUUGUUGCAAUCAGAUCUUUGAAAAAAAAAAUGGUUAGUGUGAAAUAAGAAAGGAUAGUAAACAAGUAUUAGUAGAGCUGGAAGAAACUUUUCCAAUCGGAUAGAAUUAUGUCGAUGUUUUGAGCCUGAUGCACAUUAUGGAUCUAUUUUCCGUACCAGAUAUGUUUUGUCCAAAAAGUUUGAUGCUUGUGCCACUCGGCUUCAUUUCAAAUUCAACUACGAAGGUACCUUUGGUUCAUACUGUUGUUUUAUUCAAAGAACUGUCGGGAAGCGUAUUUGGCUUCAAGAAAAUUAUCACACUGAUUACUGAAUACCUGUAUGAAUUCCUUUUUUACUACCGAUUCCUCCAUUUAUUGCCUGAUAUCUGGAUAUAAAAAAAGUGGAAGUUGGUGUAAGGAUUAUCAGUAGCCUAGGAUGAAUAAUUUAUCGAAAGAACGCAAACCUCCUUCUCUGUGGACAGAUUGAUUUCGCACUGAAUGAACUUUUUUCGCGACAAAUCGUUUUUCCCCAUCGUGUUCUGCACGAAAAUAAUGACUUCACGAGAAAUUUACUGUUGCACAUGUCUUUUUUUAAUACAAAUUGAAUUCUUUAAUUCAAUUUAGAUUGAAGCGCCAGUUUCAUAAUACUAAAGAACGAAUAAGCUUUACGGUGAAUCAGUUGAUACAUAUUUGUUAGCAAAAGUUGAUCAGCAUUAAUCAGUUUCACUCCUUCCUCACACUGAAUGCUCGAUUUCAUAAACAUAUUAUUGGGUGUUUGUAUCGGAAAUGCGUGAAAAUACAUGCAAUCUUCUCGAUGCUGAACCGUAUUUCGGACAUGGCCGAUUAUCAAAGGAGGAUUUAUCACGAAAGCUCUAACUAUUCAUUUUAAUCUAUCUGGUGGUUAUAUUUUCGUUUUCUAGGCAGUCAUCCAGUUUAAUAUCUAGUCAUUCCCGCUUCAAUAAUGAAACCAUAGACGUCGUCGUUAGCUAAAAAAAGCUAUGUUAGGUCUGUUUAUUGAACACAUCCACACAAACGGGUAUAGAUGGUACAGAAGGCAUAGAUAAAAGGUCAAUAACGCCAGAGUUGAGGCUGUUCAAAUGUUAAUCAGAAAAGUAAAAUCUAAAACUCUGCAAAGAUUUGGAGUAGGUACAACUUGUCUACUGAUUUUUUUAUGGACGCUAGGCUGGACCGAUUAUGUUUUCGAAAAGUCUUUUUCACAGUUCGAAUGGCCACCAUAUAUAAAUGUUCGGGAACAGGUACUACUAGAAUUAAAUGGUCGAGCAGCAUCUUAUGUUUAUGAAAAUGAUUGGGCUUACUUUGAACCGUUUCAUAUUCCAGCAUGUGAGAUUAUCAGGGAAGUGGAUAAAUUUUUACUGAUCAUUGUAAAAUCUUCACCACUGCAUUUCUUAAGACGUCAAACAAUACGUGUCACGUGGGGCUCAGUACUUAAUCAUUCUGAAUUUACUGUUAGGACAAUAUUUGUGAUUGGCCGAGAACGUUCUAGUCAGGAAAAUGAAAAACUGCAAAAAGAAAUUAAUUUACACAAGGAUAUAUUAGUUGGUGAUUAUAUUGACAGCUAUCAAAAUAAUACGUUGAAGUUUUUGUCAGCGGUGCAGUUUUCAUUCAGUUAUUGUCAUCAACAGUAUACUGUCCCCUAUACACUUUUUGUCGAUGAUGAUUAUUUGGUUUUGGUGCAAAACUUAGUGGCAGAAGUGAAGAAAUAUGAUGUGCAUGGUCGGCUUUAUAUGGGUUGGAGAUUUGAUACGCGACCAUUUAGGACCAGAUUUCACAAACAUCGGGUAUCAAUUGCAACAUAUCCCUUCAAUCGUUAUCCGCCUUAUAUAUCUGCUGGUGCAGUACUGCUAUCAUCACAGACCAUUCGCGAAAUGUAUUAUGCAAUACAACAUACGAGGCUUUAUCCCUAUGACGAUAUUUAUGCUGGAAUAUUAGCAAAAUUAUUGAAGCUGACCGUUAAACAUAACAAAAACAUGCGCUUCUGGAAAACAACAGUUGGUGUGGAAGAAGCAAAAAUUCUAAUUUGUGCGCAUGGAUUUGAAGGAGAGCGUCUGAAUUCAGUCUAUAAUAAGUUCAGGGCCAAAGGAAUUAUAUAAUAAGCUAAAAGCUAAGCGCUAAAGAAGGUAAAGUCAAGAACUUUCAGAAUAAAUACUGUUGAUUGAAAAAUAAACUUUAAUCAGGACUUUUA